CAGUGAUCUACAGCGUGGUUCAGUUUUUUCGAACCUAAAGUUUAGAAAAGUCCAACAUGUCCCGGUAUUCAAGGCCUCCAAACAGUUCUUUAUACGUCARAAACCUUCACCCAGAUACAAGAACUGAUGAACUGAAGCGGAUGUUUGGAAAGUAUGGCUUUAUUUCAGAUGUCUAUAUCCCACUGGACUACUACACCAGAGAGCCAAGAGGCUUUUGCUAUGUACAAUUUGAAAGUAUCCGUGAUGCAGAAGAUGCGCUAUACUAUCUGGACAGGGUGAUGUUGCAUGGGAGAGAAUUAGAGGUGCAGUUUGCUGAAGGGGACAGAAAAACACCAGGUGCCAUGAGAAAUAAAGAAAAAAGAAAUUCAAGAUAUGUUGGUUAUGACAGGCGAAGAUCAAGAAGCAGGAGUCCAAGACGCAAGUCAAGAAGCAGAUCACCAAGGAGAAGACGCCGCCAGUCAYGUUCAAAGUCUCGUUCUCAUUCUCCUCGUAAAAGCAGAGAAGAGUAUAGAUCAAGAGAUAGCAAACGUGAGCAUUCAAGGUCUAGAUCCCGUUCCCCAUCUCCACCACCAAGGUCAGCCUCAAGGUCAGCAUCACGGUCACCAUCUCAUGAUGAAAAUCAAGGUAAUGAUGGUGAAAAUGAAAGAAACAGCCGAAGUCCAUCUGCUGAGUGAGUGACAGACGACAAGCAAAURCUCUGCAAAUGCACACAUGUACAGGGAAUUACUUCCUUGUCUGUACUAAUAUUUUAAAGAUAUUUUUAAGUUUUGUAUGAACCAUUAGUUUAGAGUGCUUUUAGAGUGAAGUCAUUUAACCCGUGAAACAAAACUUGACUAGUAAAGUUUGACAGUCAAACACACACAAACACAUACAAACAAAAAAUCAUGCAGUACUCCAGUUUCAAGUUCGYA